CAACCUUAAUUUGUAUCGGAAACGAACUCGGACUUUCCCACUCGUUUCCCCCUGCAGCCUGCAGGUUCCCGCAUCUAACCCAACCGGCGCCACCUAUAUAAUACACCACCAAUCCCAAAACCUCCAUCACAGUGCGAUUCAGAGUUUCCAUACAAAUUCGGAUACCAGAAUUUUCGCGUUAGUUAGAAUUAGAACACUUCCUGCAUUCCCCCAAUGAUGGCGGCAGGAACACGGACUCUCGAGUUCACGAUCCUCUCUGCCGAGGACCUCCGGAUCGACGGGAGGCCGGUCAGGAAGAACGCGUUCGUUGUGGUUAAAACCGGCCCGUCGAAUUCCGGUUCGACCGGGGCGGAUCGCCACGGCGGGAGCUACCCGCUCUGGCACGAGAGGGUCGUCGUCGCGAUGCCGGUGCCGACGACGAAAUCGGUGACGGUGGAGGUUCAAUGCAGGGUCGGAUCGGGGAACAGAGUGGUCGGAUCGGUGGCGGUGCCGGUUUCCGAUUUUUUGGGCGGCCUGACGCCGGAGGGUUACCUCAAUUUUUUGAGCUACCGGUUGUGGGACCCGCGGUGGGUUAGGAAUGGAAUCGUCAAUUUCUCGGUUAGGGUUGUUGGCGGUGGAGGAGGUGAUUGUUCGGAGGCGGCGAGGAAGAAGGUGGGGGCGGAGUCGUACGGCGGUGCUUCAUGGGGAGUGCCGGCGGAGGCUGGAGGCCGGAGCAAUUACGGUGGCGGCGGCGGAUUAGUCACUGGCGUUCCUGUUUGGGGAUCGUCCCGCGGUUGAAUUGUACCUGUCAGGUUUCUUCCGAUUCGAUUGUGUUUAUAUAUGUGUGUUUCUACACAUGGAGCAAAUUCUUAUCGAGAGGUUCGAAGUUUGAAAUUUUAUAUUUUGGUGACAAUAUAUGACAUUAGUGAAUAUUAUUUUGGUUUAGUUUCCUUCUUCGUUUUAGUGGUUUGUACUUUAUAUAUAUGUAGUAAUUAGUAGAUUGAUUGAUGAUUUUAAUUUGUGAAUUUCAUUUUCGUGUUUGGUUUAAUUUCGUUGGAUGUGUCUCGAAGAGUGAAUAAAAGAUAUUAGUUUACGAGCUGAUAAUUUUGUUAAAAGACGAAGCAGGUGCUUCUCUUAAGCAAGUCUUACAAAUUGUACUAUAAUUAUAUGAUGAUUAUCGUGCGCUCUGCGAUGGAUUGUCGAAAAAUGUAGGUGAAGUAGCGUCGGAAGAGUAAAUUUAUAUCAGGUUAAAGUAAAUAAAUGUAGAGAUCAAUGUAAUAACUAUAGGAUUCAUCCUCAUGACUACCCGUGCUAGAACUAGCAACACUACACGAGGCUCUAUUGUCGGGCUUGGUCCAAUGGUAAUACAUUUAGUUUUAAACCUUGAAGAUCACAUGUUCGAAUCUUUUUAGUAGAACAAAACAUAGAUCACUCUUAUAUAUAAAAAGAUAUUAGAAGCCGAAAUUAGGACUUUGAUAUGGUGACUUUCAAGUCACCCUGAUUUGGAUAAAACCGUCGAUCUCUUCCAUAAAAUGAUAGACAAUUGGACACAUUUAUGUCGUUGCAGAAAAAUUUAACCGCUUCGAAAAAUGGUCUAUUACUAAUGGCAGAACAUGAUUCCAACACUAGAAAAAUAUCAGUACAUUAUAAUUAUUUUGCUACCAAAUAACCUAAGUUGAUAUCA